AUGGAGCAGAUUAAAAGGGCCAAUAAACUGUUCACCAAUGAUUGUAUAUUUCUGAAGAAGACUUUGAACAUCCCGGUUGUAGCUGAGAAGCCUUUGUUGUUUAAUGGACUGAACACCAUUGACUCUCCAGAAAAUGAAACUGUAGACAAUCCUGAAGAGACACCUGAGGGGGUUGGGGUCCAGCUCCCUCCUCCCAGCCCUGACCUUCUCCCCGUGCAGCCCCAGGAAGUGUCAGCCAGAGAUUUCCUGCAGAGACUUGAUUUGCAGAUUAAGAUUUCAACCCAGGCAGCCAAGAAACUAAAAGAAGAAAGCAGAGACGAAGAGAGUCCCUAUGCGGCCUCACUCUACCAUAGUUAGGUGAUUAGCGGGCAUAAUUCACCUGAGAGGUUUGGAUUGUAAAAACUGACAGGUGAAGAUUCCAGAUUCUCAGAGCAUCUUUGUAAAACUGUAAUUCAGUAGACCUGUAAUUUUAAGUCUUUAGUAUGGCCUGACAGCAACACUGUAUUCUGAAGCGCUCACUUUGUUUUUUUUUGCUCAUCUUGGGUCUUAAA